UUAGGUUUUUUUUUUUUGUUUUGGAACAGAUGAAUGUCAGUUUUUACUUUGAAACAGAACAUCUUUUGACAAAAGACUAUGAACUUUGGAAUGCAAAUUUAUCUGUGAUUUUCAUUAGUUUCUAAACUGCAUUGAUAAAUAUUUGUUAUAAAAAUGUCGGAAAGUAAUCCGUCUAUGAGUGAAGAUGAAAGCAGUGAUUGGAGUGUUGACUCAAUAGGAUUUGUUAAAAAAUAUAUGGUUAAAGCUGAUGAAUUUCAGCGAGCACGUAAAGCAAUGAGUAAAGUCAUUAAGAAAUAUCGUCAUGUGAGUGCUCUACCUCUAGUUGCUCAAGAAAUUGACUCAACGCAAAUGCAAAUGAUAACUGAAAUCUCAACCGAAGCAGACCACCAAUCAAUACCAUCUGAUGAUUUAGGUACAGAAGAAAGUCAGAACAGCAUUACAUGCGCCAAUACGAUGCACAACACUAAUUCAGAAGUCUAUCACAAAGAUAGUUCCUAUGCUAAUAAUCCAAUGGCUCUUCAUGCUGCUAAAGCACACUUAAAUCUUCAACUACAAUACCUACAAGAUACUGAAGCGCCAUCUACCUCAAGACAACACACCACUUCGGUCGAGAAAGAUUCUGAAAAUUAUUUAUCAUUUUUUCACAAAAUGCUUGACGAAGAUAAUGUAUCGAGUUCAGACUCGGAAUACGAUAGACUUCAGAACUUUUAUGAUGUUUGGAGCAAGCUGAUGGGUAACACAAAAUCAGUGCCUCAGCUAGUAAAAAUAGACACUGAUGAUGAUUCUAGUUCAGAGGAAGAGUUUAGCUUAGAAAUUGAUAAAAUACUAGAACCUCAUUAUUCACUCAUACGUCCAUCUCAAGAUUAUGUGAAUGAGGAUAAUCGCAAUGAACAUAGCAGCGAUGUGAUCAUACAAAAUAUUAUUGAUAGCAUGACUCCAUCUUCAGGAAGUUUAGACGUACAACCGAGUACAUCAUAUGCUGAAACUAAUCCGAACUCCAUGGAUUCAUCUCAGUCAAGUUUAAAUGAGAAUGUAGGAAAUAUCUCUGAAAAUCCAGUUAUCAUAAGAUACGUACAAGAACGUUUGUUGUAUAACAACAAUCUUUUGAGCAUCAUGGAAGAUGACACUUUAGACUUUUAUUCACAUACUAAGAACUUAGAACAAGACUUUAGUGCGGCUGGAGACUUUUCAUACGAAAUUGAACCAGAAAGGAUUAUACAAAACAAUGCAAAUAAUCAUAUCGAUAAUGAAAGUGAUGAUAAUUCUAGCGAAGAUCAAUCGGAAUAAAUAUAAUAAAUUAUUUGAUAACAUCUAAAUAAUUCCAAAGAUUUCAUUAUUCCAAAUUUUUUUUGUAUUAUACAAUUCAAAAUUUAAGUUUUUAAUAUCAACA